AUGAGCACUGGCCUGCUGACUAUCGGGUUACCCAGAAUGGCGAAUGAUCUUCACCUACCGGACAAUUUACUUUUAUGGCCUACCUCGGUGUACUCACUUGCAAAUGGGUGCUGCCUCCUACUUGCUGGCUCGUUAGCAGACUUAAUUGGGAACCGCAUGAUCAAUCUGGCAGGAUGUGUUUUACUCUGUGUCUUUAUCCUCGCGUGUGGCCUCGCUCAAACCGGUGUCCAAUUGAUUCUAUUCCGCGCUUUUCAGGGAGUUGCCACCUCGAUGUGCCUUCCAACUGCCUUUAGCAUCUUGACGGAUUCCAUGCCGGCCGGGACACGACGGAACGUUGGUUUUGCGUGUUUAGGAUUGGGCCAACCUCUUGGGUUUUCCUUUGGGCUUGUCUUUGGCGGCAUUCUCGAAUCAUCGUCCCUGGGAUGGAGAUUCGGCUACUAUCUGUGCACUGGAGUCGCGUUGAUUCUGGCGGUCAUUAAUUAUUUCAAGCUUCCGAAGAGCUCACGGCAUCAAACGAUGUCGUGGGGAAGGCUGAAGGAAGAGAUUGACUGGAUAGGCCUUGCCUUGUCCAGUUCCGGUCUAGGAAUACUCUCCUACGUUUUUGCUGUCAUCACGGAAGACGUCUCCAGUAUUAAAAAAGGACCUAAUAUUGCGCUGCUCUGUAUCGCGACAGCGCUACUACCGGCCUUUCUUUUUUGGAUGAAUCGACAGGAGAAGCUGGGAAGACCAGCCCUGAUUCCUAAUUCCCUCUGGCGUAACAGUGCAUUCACUUCUAUUUGCCUCAUGGUUUUGCUCUCCUGGGCAGUUCUCAAUGGAACGGAAACCAUACUGAGUCUAUUCUUCCAAAAUGUUCAACAACUAUCUGCCUUUCAGGCAUCCAUCCGAUUCUUACCGAAUGUGAUUGUCGGAAUAGUUCUGAAUCUGGCGACUGGUCUUCUUGUUCACCGUCUCCGUGCUGACCAUCUAGUGCUCUUCACUACCUUUCUGAGUGCUGGUUCACCUCUGCUUAUGGCUGUCAUUGACCCACAUUGGUCUUGGUGGUAUUGCGCCUUCUGGGCCGUACUAUUGGGGCCUCUCUCUGCUGAUGUUAUCUUUACCGUUGCAAAUUUAAUCAUCACCGACGUCUUCUCCCCAGAGACCCAAGGACUUGCAGGCGCUGUCUUCAACACCAUUGCCCAGUUUGGGACAUCCAUUGGCCUUACACUUUUCGCGAUCAUAUCUGCUAGUGUAACAAAGGAGUCCUCAUAUGUACAGAAGGGUUCGCCCGAAGCACUCUUGUUGGGAUAUAAGGCCGUGUUUUGGACCUGUUUUGCACUUAUGUUACUUGCUACCGGUAUUGGUGCUUGGGGUCUGCGAACAGUCGGAAAAGUGGGAUUGAAGAGAGAAUAA